CAAGAUGAAAUCUAAAUAACCUAGCAGAGCAUUACUCAUUCUGGUCUGUCAUUCUCGAGCCUGCAAAUUAACCUGAAGCACAGCAGAUAAUAUCUCCUUUCUUUGGAUGUUUUGGCCCUCGCGGACUGAUUCAAUCAGAAAUCCAUGUUUUCCAUCCUGUAUAAAACGCUCCAUCACCGCCAGGUAGAGGGCAUUCCCCGCGGUUUGUCCCGUUCCACAAUUAUCCAAGCCUUCCACCAGCAUCAGCUGAUGAUCCGCGCCCUAUACCCCGGAUUUCAAAUCACAGCGACCCACCCGAUCGAUUCCGACACAACAGCUUUCUCAGUCCGCAAUCCGGAGUCUGACGUUCUCACCAAGUGCUCCUUGGCAAACCUGGACGAUGGCCUUGGCGCUGAGAUUGAGGUCGGGCUGGGGAUGAAGAUUGUGUGUCAGUGGACCAUCCAUUCAUGGAAUGAAGAUGAAGAUUCAAAAAUCAGUAGUAGUAUUGCCAAACAGACGGAGGAAAACACGACCACGGCCAGGCGAAGGAUAACUUUGGACUUGCAAGCACUGAACGAUAUAUACUUGGUCGAAGAGACCACGUUCAUUUUGUUAAAACCGUUUGAUCGAUGGGCGCAGACUAACAGGGAUCGAAGCAAGGCAUUGGAGCAUAUCUUGGUUCUGCUUAGAAGGCUGGAGAGCGGAGAAACAGAAAUCUAAGUGUUGCAUUAUUUACAGCCAGUAUAGGCACCCGCAUGUUGCGGCCAAGUACGACUUCUAUCCUAAGCUAUACGCUCACUAAGCUGGGCGUACGGUCCGCGGAAGUGCUCUUCCCAUUGUGUCGUAUGCUUACUCGAUGCCUAACCAGGCUGAAAUUUACCUUCAGAAACAAUGAAGUCUCUUUAACCAAUGGUCCACUUGGACUAUGGAGACGGCCGCGGUUCAAUAGCCUGUUCCGUUGGGGAAGACUGCGGGUGCCAGUGCUCUAUAUAUAGAUGGUCCCUACACUCUACGGGCCAUUGCGGGUAGAAUACGGGACAUCGCAGACAUAGGCUGGUGCAGUCUCCCGCACAGUCUACGUACGAUGUAUGCUGUAAUACCCGUUUUCCCAUAAGUUAGUUAUGAGCUAGGCAUAUGUUGUAUAUAA